AUGGUUAUCGGUGGAACGGAAAUCAGAAAUAUAAUGAAUAUGAAUGCAUGUAUGAAUGGCCCAGCAACUUUGAUAUCUGUAUCAUCCAUUACGAAUAAAAUCAAAUCUUAUGUAUCAUCAGCGCUAAUUGACAAAGUGGAUAAUUUGUCAUCAAGUCCAGUAUAUAUAUUUCAUGGUAAAUCUGAUCGUACUAUUGCAGAAAAUGUUGAUAAAGUAAAUGAACAAAUAUAUAAACCUUACAAUGUUCGUAUAAAAACAAAUUAUGAUACAAUGGCUAAUCAUGGAUUUGUUACAGACAAUUAUGGUGGAAAAUGUGAAAUAUUAGAAUCAACUCAAUAUAUAAAUAAUUAUCCACCAUUACAAGUAACAACAACACCCUUAAAACAACAAGAGCAGCGUGGUAUAUUUGAUUUAUGGUCACAAUGGAUAGACGCAACAUUACAACUCUAUAAUCCUGUUAAUUAUUUAUCAUCGAAUGGAACAUUUUUGGUUUCACAUUUCCAACUGCAACAACUUUUUCAAAUAAUGGUUUCGACAAAACAGGUUAUUUGUAUGUACCAUCUGGUUGUAACAAAGGAAAAAAUUGUUCAAUACACGUUGCAUUACAUGGAUGUAAACAAGGUAAAACAAGCUUAUCAGUAUAAACUUAGUGAUAAACUCGAAAAUUUAUAA